AUGUGGGGCACCGUUGACAGCCGUUUUGUGCACAGGCCAUCCGCUUCAAGGCGCGGCUCAGGUGUGGUCCAACCGGCAGCCCAGACCGAGUUGGCGAAUAACCAGCCUGGAGGCAUACAAACCCCAACACGGUUGAGCUACCCGGACGUUGAUGCCUCGACCGCGGAGCCGACCGGCGAAUCGAAUGCAAAUUCCGGGAGCGUUGCGCGCGUCGAGAGCCUCGAGCGUGGAGGGCAAAUGGCCGGGCCGUCCACCAUGCUGAGCACCUCGGCGACUCCCACCCCGCGGCCUCAAGCUUCCCAACAGCAGCAGCAACAGCAGCAACAGCAACAACAGCAGCAACAGCAACAACAGCAGCAGCAGCAGCAGCAGCAGCCCGGAAAUCCUAGACCGAGCUUGGAACGUGACGCCCUGCAGCCGACAGCCCCCAAUGGCGGCCGCAACCUAUCCGCCUCCGCCGUGAACUUCGCUUCUCGUGGCCCGUCCCUCAACCCGUCACCAAUGCCUGGCAGCUUCAGCUCCGAGCUCCGCAGCCAGGCAAACCUUAGCCGCGCCGCCACCCGGCCUGAUAUGUUCCCCGCCCUCGAGAAGCUGGACGAGGAUGGCGAUCAGAGCCAGGAGACGACCAUUGCCCACCUGCGCGAGGCCCUCGGCCGCGAGAUGAAGAUCAAGGAGGGUAGCGAGAACAUGCUGGAAGCUCUGAACUCUAAGAAGGCCAAGCAGACCAAAGAACAGCGGCAGAGGGUCGAGGCAGAGCUCCACUCGUCCAACCAGCGCAUCAAGGAGCUGCGGCAGAAGCUCACGGAUGCACAGCGGGUGAGGGCCGCGCCCACUACCCCGACGCAGGCGACGAGGGGAGACGGUCUCUUCCCCGGCGCCAGCAGCUUGCGCUCCCCUCCCAGCGCUUCUCGGAGCGGUGCCGGGUCCGAUGUCGACGAGCCGACCGAGUCGCCGACGUUUGCGCUUACCGAGAUCCUCGAGGCCCUGGAUGUCGAGGGGAUGACGCCCGAUUACUACGUUUCCAGGGCGAACAGCUUAGUCGAUCUCUUCAAGCGGCACCCCACGCUAAAGUACGACCUGGCCUGGUCCGUGUUUGGCCUCCGAAUGCAGGCCAUGCUCCUGAGCGAGAGCCGGGAGGUUGUUGCCGCAGGAUACCGGAUGAUACGAUAUGCAAUUUCCGAUAUCAACUCCAUCAGGAACAUCCGUGCCCUCAACACCGAUUAUCUCGUCACAUGGGCCGUCGUCAGGGCGAUCGCUGCCGCGGCAGAGGAGCCCGAGGAGAGGCUCCGGCCCAUCUGUCUCGAGACGCUGGCCGAGAUUCUAGUCCGCGACCCCAGGCUGCUGGUUGCUUCCGGAGGCAUGGGCCCUUUGCACGAAGCACUGGCCGACGGCUCGUACAAGGCGUCCGAGAGCUUGACGGCCGCCUUCCUCUAUCUCUUGGACACCCCUCACCGACGAAAGUAUCUACGCCCUGGCCACGAACUGGAGAUUCUCUUCACCGCCUUUACCGACGAGCUCUCCUCCAACGAGCGUUUUCUGAAGCAGGCAGUCAAGUCCGUGGCCUCGGCCUUAAGAACCUGGUCCGGGCUCAUGAGCCUGUCCAUGUACAACUUCCGCGCCAUCCGGUCCAUGAUCACGAGUAUGGUCGUUCAGGCCGGGCCGAUACGGGAAUCAAUCAUGGACCUCAUCUUUUCCCUCCUCCGCAUCAAGCCGCCAGCAUGGGCCACCUCGUUCCUAGCCGGCCGGCGCCUCACCACUUACGGCCGGGUCGCGAAUCUCAGGUCGACAAACACGAAAAGCGCCCAACCGGAAUUUGAAGAGGACGGCGGAGAGCAGAACUUCGUGGAGCACUACACCGCCCUCUUGCUUGCCGUCUUCAUCAAGUCGGGGUUGAUUCCAGCCCUUCUCAAGCUGACCCAAAACAACGAGAGCGCAACCCUCAGGCGAAAAUCGACCCUAUUGAUCGGGGAGGUCUUGAAGCUGGCCAGCCGCCUGCUCCCGCCAUCCUGGAGCAGCGAGCUGCAGUUGCUCCCCGACCUGUUCAUCUCGGCCGCUAGGCUCAAGGAGGAAGAUCACUUCACCGCCACGGGAGUCGUCUACCAGAUCAGCAGCGUCAGCAGGACGUUGUACCGGUCGUCGCCGUCAGCAUACCUCCCUUCCACGCACCACCAUAUGGACCCGAACGCUCUCGACGAGCAUCCCAAGGCCAGCACGGCGACGAACUUUGACGACGGGACGUUCCGGCAGCUCCUGCUUGAGUCGAACGUGCUCAGCAGUUCCAACUACACAAAGUGGAAUUGGGACGUUAUGACCAGGCUGAUCGAAGGGCCCCUGACGAGCGGUAAGAGGCUAGAGGAGGCCAUCAAGGCGUCCAAGUUUAUCAAACGCAUCAUGAGCUUCUACCGUCCGUUCAAAUAUAAAUUCUCGGAAACCAAGAGCUCAAGGAACACACAAAAGUACGUCCGAACAGGAUGUUCGUUGAUGCACGCCCUGCUCCAGAGCCCCGAAGGCGUCAAGUAUCUAUCCGACAACAAGCUGUUGCGCCAAAUCGCCGAAUGCCUGGCCCAGUGCGACCCAACAAGCGGGCUGACGGCCCAGGAACCCAUGUUCUCCAAAGACCGGCUUGCCGACACGCUCUGUGGCGGCUAUUUUCCCAUGCUCGGCGUCCUGAGCGCGGACGUCAAGGGGAUGCAGAUGCUGGACAGGUGGCGCAUCUUCAAUAUGCUGUACCGCAUUCUCGACCUGAAGCAGCGGCCGGAUCUCAUCAAGUUGAUGCUGUCCAACUUUGACUACUCUCUUCAGGGCCACCCGCGGGUGCUGCUGUCGAAGGCCCUGACCGCCGGGACGAAAGAAAUCAGGAUCUACGCGACCAACGCGUUGAGGAAGUAUACGACGCACCCGCGGGUGGGACCGCAUGGCUCGGAAGCCAGCGAUUCAAGAUGGGCCAUUCAGCUCCUCGUGACACAGCUGUACGACCCAGAGAUCGAAGUGUGUGCCACGGCCGUCAAGAUCCUAGAGAAAGCUUGCAACACAAAGAACAACCUCGAGUACAUUGUCGAGUGUCGGCCAGCGCUGGACCACCUAGGAGAGAUCGGGGCCCCGCUUCUGCUGCGCUUCCUCUCCACGUCAAUUGGAUACCACUACCUCGACGGGCUGGACUACAUCAGUAACGAGAUGGACGACUGGUUUCUCGGCCGUAACGACUCGUACGUCAGCGUCAUCGAGGCAAGCUUGGCGCGGGCUUUUAUGGACCACCAAGACGACACCACGAACCGGAUCAGCGUGUUUGACGAGCAGCAGGAGAUGGAGGCCGACAGUCACGUACCGCCGCACUUUUACCGUGAGCUCACCCGGACGAUGGAAGGUUGCAAGCUCCUCAGCGAAAAGGGUCAUUUUGACGAGUUCGCCGCCACCAUCCGCGAGUACGGCAUGCAGUCGGACGACCCGGAGAUGAUGGUCAAAGUCAAGGGUUGCCUCUGGGCGGUAGGUAACGUCGGCUCGAUGGAGCUGGGCGCUCCCUUCCUCGAGCUCAGCGACGUGGUCGAGCAGAUUGUCAAGAUCGCCCAGAACCACGAGGUCAUGAGCAUGCGAGGGACCGCCUUCUUCGUCCUCGGGCUCAUCUCCCGCUCCACACACGGCCUCGAGAUCCUCUCGGAGAACGGCUGGGACUCGAACACGAACAUGCUCGGCCACUCCCUCGGCCUCUGCAUCCCCUCGGACCUCUCUCAGCUCUUUUCCCUCCAACCUUGGGAGCACGUCCCCGUCACCGCCAUCGAUCUCCCCGACAGCCAAAAGACCGAGACGGUCAAGCUCCCGGCCGUGCCGUCCCGCCCCCGCUCCGAGUCGCUGAUCAAGGCCCUCCAGGAGGCGGAGCAACAACAACAACAACAACAACAAGACGAGGGCGGCGCAGUCGGCGGGGAUGGUCCCGGACUACUGCCGCCGCGCGUGGAGCUCGACCCGGACCCGACCAACCACCGCAUCCUGGAGCUGGUCAUCGACAUGUCCAACAUGGUGUUGUACCGGCGCGCGCGCAGCGAGCUGAUGCAGAUCAAGAUGCAGCGGCGCGCCGCCGGCUUCUCGCAGCCGCAGCUGUUUCGGAAGGUCAUGUCGCUGCUCGAGUCCCACCACUACCGGCUGGUGGACCGAAACAUGAUUGUGGGGUUGUUCGACAAGAGCGUGUUGAGGGCGGUCGUGUACGGGGAGGACAAGAGCCCUGAUGGUAGUGGGACAAGGAGGGAGGACAGUGAGGACGGCGACGAUAGUGAGGAGGAGGAGGAGGAGGAUGACGAUGAUGAUGAGGAUGAGGAUGAGGAUGAGAGGGAGGAGAAAGGGAAGGAAGAGAAUGUGGCCGUUAGGGGUCAAAGUGGGCGGGAGAGUGAGAGCAAGGCGGAUGAAGAGGACGGUCAAGAAGCGGAGAAGGAAGGAGGAGAAGACGAAGAAGGUGAUGAAGAAGAAGAAGAAGAAGACGAAGAUAGCGACGGUGACGACGACGAAGAGAGCGACGACGACGACGACGACGACAAUCAGAAAGAAGAGAGGGAGGAAAGCUCGGGUGACGAACAGCGCACGGAACGGCAAAGAAGUGUGAGCGAGCCGGCGGACACCAAAAGUCAGCGAGUGAUGCGGGGGUAUAGUCGGUAGCUGGUGACGACGACUCCAUGAUAUACUUUCCAUCUUCAUUCUGGGUAUCUAACACAGGAGGGGCGGGUGAGGCGAGAAGAAAAUCAAAGCACUAGGCCGGCGUCGGUUGU